CACCCACAUUCCCACCCUUCCCAAACUACCACCUGCAUGUAUAUACCUGCAUGUACCUGCAUGUACUCCACUUCUGUUCAGCUCACCCCUGGCUCUACUGACUGAACGGACUGAACCGCAUUGUCGACCUUGCUGCCACAUGCGGCCAACCUUGUUUGGACUUCCGGCCGCUCGCCUGUACCUAUUUUUGGAGCGACAGCUUAUCUGAAACCGAAGCCUUCACCGGACUCAUUCCCGCCCUUUCGAACCUGAAGAGGAAAACCGCUGUCUCUUAACUGCCUCCUCCGUCUGCUGAGCCGACUCAACCGUUCGCACUUUGCCAACUUCCAUCAACCGGGGUUUGCACGAUAUCUGAAGAAGACGAGAACGAAAAGGUGAUUUGAAGCAACUGGCCGAGGACUGUAUAUAUAUACCUCCGACCCUUGUACACAGCACAUAUACAUAUAUACCGACGACCGUCACCUGUAGAAAGAAGAAACACCAGACGAAUGGACUCCCUAUCAGCAUUAACCACCAGCCUGCUCACGACCUCUCCACCCACGCCCAAACCCCGCUCCAGCGUCCUCGACGACUCCAUGUCCCGCGGCGGCCGGUCCCGCCCGUCUGGGACACUCAAAGGCCAUAUUCACUUCGCGCUGGGCACCUUCGCCCUCAUCAAAGGCCGCGAGGACGACGCCCUGGACCAUUUCCUGCGCGCGGGCGAAGAAGGCGUCGCGAGCGGUACCGCCGUGUCUGGGUUCUUCAGCGAGUUUCGGAUGGGCCUUGGUGGGGCUACGGACGAGGAUGGGGAGCGGUUACGGCCCACAAAGGAGAAUUACGAGACGGCGGAAAGUCUGUAUACGAUGGCCGCGUUGAGGGGCAGUGGGCUGGCGAUGGCGCGGUUGGCGUUUUUGAAGACGCAUGGACGGGUCGGGAUCAAGAUCAACCAUGCUGAGGCGGAUAAGUGGAGACGGGCGUGUGCGGGAGAUGGCAAGACGGUGGGCUUGGGUGGUGGGAAAGGCUCGGAUGCAUUGCAGUGGUUGCAGUUCGUUGCGGAUGCUGGUGUGCCUACCGCCGAGUUCUGCCUUGCGCUGUGCUAUUUCAACGGGAUCGCUACCGAUGAGGACAAUAGCAAGGCGUUCUAUUGGUGCGAGAAAGCAGCUCAACAUGGUGUCGCCGGCGCGCAGAACGUGUUAGGGAACCUGUAUGUCGAAGGGCAAGGCUGCGAGACCAACCCAACCAUUGGACUCGGGUGGUACAUCAAAGCGGCCGCGCAGCGCGAAGCCGCCGCCAUUUACAACAUCGGCACGCUCUUCGAACGCGGGAUCGCCGUCGAAGAAGACACGGCGCAAGCCUUUGCAUGGUACGAGCGUGCCGCCCGCUUCGGCUCCAUCAAUGCCAUGAACACCCUCGGCAUCUUCUACGAACAAGGCAUCGGCCUCGACCACUACAUGCCCUUCCACGCCGUCCGUUGCUACAUCGACGCGGCACGCAUGGGCCACCCGCACGCGCAAUACAAUCUCGGCCGGUGCUACCACGAAGGCUUCGGGAUCGUGCGGGACGACAGCAAAGCGUCCCUGUGGUUCACCCAGUCCGCACACCAGCACCACGGCCUCUCCCAACUCUCCCUGGGGAUAUGCCACGAACUUGCCCUCGGCGUCCCCCAGAACGCGACGUUGGCAAUGCAUAAUUACCGCCUGGCCGUGCAGAACGGGUGUGAGGAGGUCGCGGUAAGGCUUGCGCCUCAUGCGGCUUGCCAUCUCCUACCCCGUGCACGGUUAUUGCUGACCCCGCCACGCACACCCACUCAUGUCGCGCGCAUCCACGCCCUCCCCGUCGAACUCAUCGAGCACAUCCUCACCUUCGUCCCCUCCACGCCCCUCCCGCAACCGCACCUCCGCGCCCUGUUCAACAUCGCGGCGACACCUGCAUCCCUGUUCUCUCACCACAUGCGGACCAAAACAACAUUCCUGGAACUCCUGGGGCUGGCGCAUCUGAGCAUCGGAAAUUUGACUCUGGACACGUGCGAUUGUACCCGGUUCGACGACUCGGUGACACCCACCGAACGGAAUGCUGCUGCUGCUGCAACAGCAACAACACAGCAAACACCGCAACACUGCAGAGCAAUCAAACACGUCGUGCAAGCCAUCGAAGACGCCCAAAUUCGACCCCCCCGGAGUAUCGACUGGAAUCACCACCGCCACCACAUGAACCACGCCGCACCAGCAGCCGAAGCCUCCACCCACCCCUACGCCACCAGAGAGGAGAUGGAAACAGGCUACGAGACGCCAUCGCAGCGCACGCCGACACCACGCGAUCUGGAUAUCGCCGAGGCAUGGUGGAAGGUCGGCACCGGGCUGGAGAGACCGGUAUCGGAGAUGGGGGAUGACGGGGCGUCGUCGGCUUCGUCGGCGGCGUCGCUGGGGGGUUGGUGAACUACAACAUCUUUCCGCAUACAUUCACGCACUCACGCACAAACAUGGCAUCACAACAUUUUGCAACACACACAAACACCGCAUUUCAACAUCCACACCACGAUCUGAUUCAAUCAUUUCACAUGCACGGCGUAGGGCAAUUUUAGAACCGUAGGCUUUAGCUGCCCCCCCCCCACCCCCCCCCCCCUCCAGCAUACCAUAUUACAUCACAUCACAUCACAUGGCAUUCAUACCAUCCACAACACACAUCAUGUAGAUUGUUUUAGCGUAGUUUGUAGUUGAUUCGAUCGGCGUACGAUUCUUCUUGCGUCAGUUUGAGGCGUUUGUAUGUAUUGUAUGUCGCUUGGUCCUUGCAG